AUGCUGCUCAGGGCCAACGCUCUUCGUCGAAAGCUUCCAACCGUGCCGAUCUCUGGUUACCCUGAAGCUACGAGAGCUCUGAUUGAGACUUCUGAGGACAACACGCACAGAGUCUUAGUGGAGGGCUAUGGUUUUCGGGCGUGCAUGACAACAGAAGGUGUAGCCGGUACACGCACUCGGACGAAUAGUGUGAUGGAGUGUGCUCAGGUGCUAGGCAUUGAGGCAGCCAGGACGACCAUUGCGAACGAGAUCGCCGAAGUUAUGGGAUACAUGGGUAUCGAUCCCCGGCACAUGCAGUUGUUAGCAGACGUGAUGACUUAUAAGGGGGAGGUCCUUGGCAUCACGCGCUUCGGCUUGGCCAAAACCAGGGAUAGUGUGCUGCACCUUGCUUCGUUUGAGAAAACGGCUGAUCAUUUGUUUGAUGCCGUCGCUGGUAUGAAAACUGACCAGAUCGAGGGAGUCUCUGAAUGCAUCAUUCUGGGGCAGACCAUGAAUGUUGGUACUGGCGGAUUCAACGUUGUGCGGCGCCUGGGCUUUCGACCAAGAGAUUUCGGCCAGAAGUUAACUCUUUUCGAGCACGCGUGGAAGAUGGUACAAAUGAUCAGAAAAGGUUCCCGGCCGAUGUAG